AUGCUAUGUCGGUCACGGACAGAAAAAGAAGAACAACAAUCUCCACAACCAGUUAUAGCUGCAUUUCUUUCUCGAUUUAAACUAAAAUCUUUACUAUUAAAACGAAAAAAAUUCAAACAAGCAACUGGUAUUCCGAUCUUUAAAGAUGUAACAAGUACUGAUUUGGUCUUCCCAGGAGAUUUUAAUGCACAUUGUUACGAAUGGUGUCCUACGAAGGCUUCUACUCUCGAAGGUAAAAAGUUCUAUGAGUUUGCUAAGGACGUACAGCUUUUUCAAAUUGUUGAAAAACCUACUCGUCCGAAAUCAUCCACUGGUUUAGAUUUAAUUUUUCUUAAUAAUUUGAAUUUAGUUGAGAAAAUAGAAAUUUUACCUGAAUUAUGUUGUACAUGCGAUCAUAAUGUAGUUAAAUUCAGUAUCACUAUAGCUCAACUGCCUGUCACGCAAUAUAGUAGAAAGAUCUAUGAUUAUAGAAGAGCAAAUUGGGAUGUUUUUCGUGAUAAAUUAGCAGAAUUGGAUUGGAAUGAGCUAGUUGAGGAUGGAGAAUUAGAUAAUAGGGUUCUGCUAGUUGAAAAAAUGAUUUUAUGGAUAGCUGACUUUGUGGUACCAUAUAAAAUUAUUGUGGUUAAGUCUAAUGAUCGCCCUUGGUUUAAUGAGACUUUACGAGAGCUACUGAAGAAAAAACAUGAGCUUUAUAAAAUCGAUUGUAGAUUUAAGACGACAAGUUCGGCGGCUAAUUCGAGAGGAGCUUCACAUGAUUUUGAGAAAGCGUGUAAAGCCGCACAAAAGAAUAUUAUCGGAAGUUAUCAGCUGAGAUGA